AUGGAUCCCAACUGCUCCUGUACCACAGCAGGCUCCUGCAAGUGCAAAGAGUGCAAAUGCACCUCCUGCAAGAAGAGCUGCUGCUCCUGCUGCCCCGUGGGCUGUGCCAAGUGUGCCCAGGGCUGUGUCUGCAAAGGCUCAUCAGAGAAGUGCCACUGCUGUGCCUGAUGUUGGGAGAGCCCUGCUCCCAGACAUAAAUAGAGCAACCAGUACUAACCUGGAUUUUUUUUUUUAAACUACCCUGACCGGUU